CCAAGAUCGGUUUAACUCUGCAGCUAGUGGUCGGUGAUCUAUUCCAAGAUGGCAGCAAACUCGAGUUCGACGGCGGAGCAGGACAUCAACCCCUGGUCCGUGGCCGGUGCCCGCGACGAGAGCGGCAACAUCUCCCAGAUUGACUAUGUGUCUCUUGCCCAGAAAUGGAACACCCAAUUGAUCAGCCAGGAUCUCCUCGAUCGCUUCGAGAAAGUCACCGGCCACAAGCCGCACCGCUGGCUCCGACGCGGCCUCUUCUUCAGUCACCGUGACUUCGACAAGAUCCUCACGAAGAAGGAGAAGGGAGAGCCCUUCUUCCUCUACACCGGCCGUGGCCCGAGUACCGGCAGCUUGCACCUGGGGCACACCAUCCCGCUCUCAUUCACCAAGUGGCUGCAAGAUGUCCUCGACGUUCCCUUGGUAUUCAUGCUUACGGACGACGAGAAGGCUCUGUUCAAGGACACCCUCACCUUCGAGGAUACGAUGCAGUACGCGAUGGACAAUGCCAAGGACAUCAUUGCCCUCGGAUUCGACCUGAAGAAGACGUUCAUCUACAGCGACUUGAAAUACGUCAGCUCCCACUUCCUGAUGAACGCCUGGGAGUUCGGAAAGCUGGUCACCUUCAACCAGGUCCGUGGCGCAUUCGGUUUCAACGAAAGCACCAACAUCGGCCGGUUGUUCUUCCCUUCGGUGCAGUGUGUCGCUGCGUUUGCGACUUCGUAUCCCGAGCUGUGGGCCGAGGAGCCCCAGAAGAACCGAUCCCAGCCGAUCGCCGACAUCGCCUGUUUGAUUCCCAUGGGCAUUGACCAGGACCCGUACUUCCGACUUUUGCGCGAAAACUCCCACCGCAUGCGCUUCCCUUCGCCGAAGCCUGCUCUGAUCCACUCCAAGUUCUUGACUGCUCUGCAAGGGCCGGGUGGGAAGAUGUCGUCGUCGGAGCCUAACUCGGCUAUCUUCAUGACCGACACUCCUAAGCAGAUCAAGACAAAAAUCAACAAGUACGCGUUCAGCGGUGGCCAGGUCACCGUUGAGGAUCACCGCCGCUUGGGCGGAAACCCCGAUGUGGAUGUUGCGUACAUCUACCUGACCUAUUUCGAAGAGGACGACGCGAAGCUGGCGGAGAUCUACACCAAGUACAAGAGCGGCGAGAUCCUGACCGGUGAGCUCAAGGCGAUGGCCAUCAAGGCGCUGCAGGAGAAUGUGGCGGAGUUCCAGGAGAAGCGCAAGCUCGUCACGGACGAGGUCCUCGAGCAGUACAUGACGCCGCGGAGGUUAUACUUUGCCGAUAAGGAGAAGACCCUGCCCAUCCGGUGACUACUUAGACAUAAACCAAAUGAUUCGAUGAAGACAGAAUACCAAUUGAUUGCAUGACCG